UUUUGCUUCAGCUUUCUCAAUAAUUCUUUGAUCUAAAAGAUGUAGUAAAGCUGUGUAUUGAUUUAACAAAUAGUAAUGUUGGAGCCUACAUUAAAUAUAGGACUUUCACUUGGGUAUGGAUUUUUUACCCGACAUAUAAACAUCUUGAAUCACAAAUCCCACAUUUGUCCACAAAUGUGUAAAAAUAGAUUGUACAUAGAUAUAAAAAAACAUCUUGAAUCACAAAUCCCAUCAACAAACAAGAACAUAGAUUGUACAUGGGUCACUAAUAAUGAGUUAAACUUUUUCAAUUGAUCUUGAGGAUAGUAUGGAUUACACAGUGAUUAGGUUUAGGCUAAACCCUAGAAUUUAUGUAGUACUUCUGAAACAAUAAACAAAAUAAGCCAAAUUAUUGAUAUGAGCAGUGAUACAGGGAACGCGGGACGUUGAGGCGAAUCGCGAUCUGAGUCGUUCGUACCGAAUCGCGGAACGAACGCGACCCAAAUCGCUAGGGUUCGCGACUCAAUUCGUAGUCGAAGCGUUCCCUUUUUCUUCUUCAGCAAGGUCGAAUUUCUGAGUCAAUAGCGGCAAAAAUUGAAGGGUUACAGUGUUUGAUACUUUGAUAAUGGCGAGUUCGCGAGGUUGAAGAUGAUACAACUGUUCGCUCUCUAUAUUGAAGAUGAUACAGCCGCUAUAAAGUUGAAACGCCCAGAAAAAGCUUGAAUUCGUGAGUGGUGGUUGGAUUUUUGUGGCAGAAUCCAUUGUUUCCGGCGUAUAGCAACCGCGCGUGAUAGAGAAAUAGAGAGCGAAGUUGAAAGUGAAAAACUGAGAAGAACGAUGCAAUUUUUAAGUGGGACAACUGUUAUUAAUUAAAAGGAGGUGGACACCUGUGUGGAUGCUCUCCACUUUAGUUUUAUUAAAUAAUAUAUUUGACUUUUUGACAACACAUCCUCUCCUUUUUACUUUUAUUUUUUUCUUGAGAAUUGUUACUCCACUAUAUAAUUACUAUGAACUCCGUACUAUACUACUAUACAACUUUUUAUUUAAUGAUAAAUUUAAUCUAAGUAUAUUGAAUAACAAAAAAUCUAUUUAAAAAUACAAAUAAAUUAUCUAAAAAUAUUUUUUCUUAAAUAACUCUAAAAUAAAAAUUCUACCGCGAUGACCGCAACAUGGUCCGCGAUCAACGCAUCAUUUCCGAUACCGUGACACCGCGACCGUUUCAGCGAUCGCGACCGAUACCACAUUUUUAUUCUAUGAUUACGCAUGAGACAAAACUUCUUUUUGAACUUCUUACUAUAUUGGGGCCCUCAGUAUAGGAAAUAGGAAUAUAUAUUCAUAUAAAGUUAUUAUUUACACCUUUUUUUAGUUUACUGAGUUUUUACUAUGUCAUUUUUUUUGUGCUAAACUUUACUAAUGUCAUUAGUCUCUAAGUCUCCUACUCAUUACACUAGCUUAUUGGGAACUUGAAGUCUUGAAAACUGAAAAGGACAACUUGCAAGUGAUUAAUGUUUUAACUAUUUUUUACGGGAUUUUGGCAGCAAAGAUGCUAAGUUUAUAUGAGAUUAUGAGUUACCAAGUGAUUAGUCUAACAAAUAAUAUAAUAAUUACAAAAUAUAAUUAUAUAAACUACGAAUAAUAGAUAAAAAAGAAUACUAAUUUAAUUUAAUGAUUACGUAUACAUAGUAAUUUGAAUAAACGAUCAAAAAUAAUAUGAUUGUAUUAUAGAGGGCUAAGAGACAAGAAUUCCACUUAACCUCGACUAUGAUUGACCGGUCAAAAAAAAUUUCAUAAUAUAACACGUAAAUUAGAGUGUACAUACUAUGAUUGCGUUUACGUUUAAUGACCAUAAUCUGAAUAAUAAUAGGAUCAUGCUAUAGAUCGAUAAAAAAGGAUUAGAUCGUAUAUACUAUGAUACAUUUUAUAAAUUGUACGUAAUACGAUCAUGGUACGAAUGAUCAAUCAAAAAGGGAUUGGAUGAUAUAUACGUUAUAUCAUAAUACGACUAAUUGAUCAACUUAACUAGGAUAUGAUCCUACACUAUGAUACAUUAAUUAGUUGUACGUAAUAGGAUCAUGGUAAGAAUGAUCGAUCAAAAAGGAUUAGAUAAAUUGGAUCACAUAUAGGUUAUAUCAUACUAUGACUAAUCGAUCAACUAGGAUAUGAUCCUACACUAUGAUACCUUAUAUUAUUGUACGUAAUAGGAUCAUAGUAAGAAUGAUCGAUAAAAAAAGGAUUAGAUUAUAUACAUUAUAUAUUGUACGUAAUUGGUUUGCUCGUUCCAAUUCGCGGUUUGAUUAUAAUUUAUACGAUCAUACAUAAUAUGUACCGGAGAUAGUAGAUCGGUUGCAAACAUGAUCAUACGACACAUAAAUUGGAUUGUCCAUUUUUUGAUAAAAAUAUCAAAAAAGUGAUACACGUCAUACACCUAUAAUACUAGGGGAAAAAAAACAAAAAGGAAAUAAGAAGAAAUAGGAAGAGGUGCAUUCAAUUAAUGAAUUCAUUCUGAUCUUCUUUCCGAAAGGCCAAAGCAUUCUUUUCAUUUAUUGUAGAGCUUGAAGUUCAAACGACAUCCAAACUCCAUCUUCCCAAAUUCUACAAUUCUAUAAAUUCAAUGUCUACUUUAGUAUACAAAACACAUCUCCAUUCCUACGGUUCCAACCAAUCAUUAUUAUCAAAAAAAUUAGGUACAAAAAAUGGCAUUUGGCAAAAAUAGAUCCAAACAAAGAGUUUCCAUUGAAACUUCACAAAGAAAUCAACCACAAAAUCAACCUUCACCUGAAGAGUACAAUGAUUUGGAAACUGAAAUUCCUCAAGGGGAAGAGGUGUUAGAUACAGAAGAUCAACCAAAUCAACGAGUUUCUUCCGAGAUUAAGCAAAAACCUCUAUUAGCUGAAAUUACACCAAUUCAGGGAGAGAAAGGGAAAAAUGCUGGAGGAACGAAAAGGUGGUCUUGCAACCAUUGCAAGAAAACAUACAGAAGCUCAUACACAAGAGUACACCAACAUUUUUUUGGUGCUCAAGUUGGGAAAAAACCAAAGAUUGGUCGAUGUACUGUGAUGCUAUCAAAUAGAGUACUACUUCAAAGCAUAAGAAAGAAAGUUGAGGAGGUUGAGUUGACAGGUAUCUCCCCAUCAUUAUCUAAAUCUACAAUAAAAAAUAAAGUUCCGGGAACUAAUAAAACUCCCAUAGAAGAUGCGUUUGGUAUGGUUGAACGUAAUGAGGUUGACAAAGCAAUAGUUCGUUUUCUUUGUGCUAAUGGAAUUCCAUUCAAUGUACUAAGAAGUCCAGAAUUUUCUUAUAUGACAAAAGCCUUGACUCAUGCUCCCAAGGACUACAAGCCUCUAUCGGCUGAUAGAGCUAGAACAUCCUUACUUGAUGAAGUCAAGCGGGAUGUGGAGAAGGAAUUAGCUCCAAUUAAAGACACUUGGGCUACACAAGGAACUUCAAUCAUUUCAGAUGGAUGGACAAAUGUGAAGCGUGAACCACUAAUUAACGUGGUUGCAUCCAAUUAGUCGUGGUUCUAUGUUUCUAUACGCGGACGACUUCACGGGGGUGGAAAAAACAGGAAAGGCCAUAGCUGACUAUCUACUUACUGCAAUUGAAGAAGUUGGGCCGUCAAAUGUCUUGCAAGUUAUCGCUGACAAUGCAGCCAAUUGCAAAGCUGCUGGAAAAGAAAUCGAGAAGGUACAUACGCACAUUUUUUGGUCCCCUUGUGUGGUGCAUACACUCAAUCUUAUUUUUAAAGACAUUGCUACUGCUUUUCCAUGGGUUAGUGAAACUUAUGUUAAAGGGAAAAAUAUUGUGAAGUAUUUUUUAAAUCAUACUCAUGCUCAUGCCAUUUUUAAAUCACAAUCUGGACUGGAAUUACUGAAAGUAGCAAAAACUAGGUUUGGUUCUCAUUAUUUGUUGUUGAAAAGACUAUCGCAAUGUAGAGAAUCAUUAGCAACUACUAUAGUCAUGCGGGCUUGGAAAGAUUGGAUUACUUCGGGGGAUGAAAAAACAAGAGCGUUAGGGAAAGAAGUUGCUGCCACUAUUAGUGAUGAAGGUUUUUGGGAGGAAGUUGAUAAUAUUUUGGUAAUCACAAAGCCAAUUUAUUUGAUGAUUAAAUUUGCUGAUGGUGAAGGGCAAAAGAUGGGUGAGGUUUAUGAAAAGAUGGAUUGUAUGAUUGGGGAGAUAGGAGAUGUAAUGAAAGAAAACAAGCAUAAAGAUGACAGUGACAAAAUGAGUGAGAUCUUGUUAUCAAGAUGGGAAAAAAAUGAACAUUCCCAUGCAUUGCUUAGGAUUUGCACUAAACCCUUUUUUUAUGAUGCAAAGUACUUGGAAACUCCGGCUCCGGGAGGGGAGGCUAGGAGAGCACCAAAUUUUGACAGAGAAGUUGUUGAUGGUGUUUUAAAGGCAUUUGAUAAAAUAGGGGAGAGUGAAGAAGAAAAAAGACUACUCCGUGAACAGUUGGCUAAAUUCCAAGCUAAGGAAGGUAUUUUUGGGUCACUUGCUGCCAAAAUUGAUGCUGUAACAAUGUCUCCUAUUUCUUGGUGGUCCACUUAUGGAUCGGAGGCACCCGAAUUAGCUGAAAUUGCCAUUAAAGUUUUGUCACAGCCCAUUAGUAGUUCUUCUGCAGAGAGGGUGUGGAGCACAUACUCAUUUAUUCACAAUGCCAAACGAAACCGACUAAAUUCUGUUAGAGCUGACAAGUUGGUUUUUAUUCACUGCAAUAUUAGGCUAAUUUCUCGUUUUACAAGCUACUACAAAGA